GCCAAACUAAAACAAAUCAUUCAACGUAAAAGCCUCGUAACGUGCACAUCACAAAAACUCUUUCAACUUGUAUUCUCAUGCAAAGAUCUUUCAAUUACUGCCGAAAAUAAAAGACCCCAAGACGAACUAUGGAGAAGCUAUUUGUUAACAUUUUGAUAUUGAUUUCUUAUGCAUGGCUGUUGGGGUCAUGCCAGGCAAUGCUCAUCAGAGAUGGCGAUGGGCUCCUCAAUGCCACAGAUACAAACGGCAUCAACAACAACAUCAACUACAAUUACAACAAUGAAUCGGCAUUGCCUGUUUUGGCCACAGCCUUGGGCACUGCAGCCACGUCCGAUAAGCAACAAGUUAAAAAUGCGAGCGAAGCUGCCGCAGCAACUGCUGCCGAGAUAGCUGCAACUAUUGCCGACAAGGAUAAGGACAAGGACAAGGAGCUAGAGCCAUCGAGUGAUUUGCCUGCUCAUUUACAUCGCAACAAGCGUCGCAUGUCUGCCGUAGAGGCCUUGCAUCAUGGCCGACGUCACUAUCCACCAGCAGCUGCUGCACUACCAUCAGAAGCAGCAGCCGUACCGCCUUAUGUCUAUUAUAAUAAGAUGAUAUCGCCGGAUGGCAAGCAGGAGCUGAAGGAAUUUCAAUUGCUGUCACCGAACAUGGUCAUUGAGAGCGUGCAGCAUGAUAUGAAUUAUGGGCCAGCUGCCGAUCUGGGCGGCGGCGUUUUGCUGCUGAAUUCCGAUAACAAUUUGAACGGGCGUAUUCGUGCUUUGGCAGCCAAGCCACCCAGGCAUCAUCACAAACACAAAUCAUCGCUGGCCCUGCCGCCCUUUCUGUUCCUGCUGCAGCAGAUGCUGCAGCCGAACCUGAACAUCGAAAUGGAGCCCACACUGCCGCAGCCACAGCCUCGCAGCCGCUUGGAGACGCCUCUCUAUCAGUUCCUUGACAGCGCCGUGGACAAUGCUUUGCGCAAUAAUCAUGAGGUCUAUGAGCACUUCAUAAGCGAUCACGAUAAUGAGCUCAACGAGAAGGACAAGGACAAAGAGAAGGACAAGGAUAUGGAGAAGGAUAAACUGAAGGACGCCAUUGACAUGCUGCCCAUGCAAAAGGCAGCCGAGAAAGCCAAGCCAAAGGAGGACGAACUGCUUGUUAGCUGUCCCAUACAUCAUGAGCAUCGUACCAACAUCAAUGGCGAUAUGGUCAACGAUGAUGUUGUCCUGGUCAACGAGUGUCACAUUGUCUAAGCAGAGCGGCAAUAGCAGCAGCAGCAGCAGCGCAAAAAA